AUGGCUCAUUACGAUCAUGACUAUAAAAAGAAUGAUGAGGUGGAGUUUGUCCGAACUGGCUAUGGGAAGGAUAUGGUAAGAGUUCUCCGUAUUCAGCGGGAUGGAAAAUACCACAGCAUCAAAGAAGUGGCAACUUCAGUGCAACUUACUCUGAGCUCCAAAAAGGAUUACGUGCAUGGAGAUAAUUCAGACAUCAUCCCCACAGACACUAUCAAGAACACAGUUCAUGUUUUGGCAAAGUUUAAAGGGAUCAAAAGCAUAGAAACUUUUGCAAUGAACAUCUGUGAGCAUUUCCUUUCUUCUUUUAACCACGUCAUCCGAGCUCAAGUCUAUGUGGAAGAGGUCCCUUGGAAGCGUUUUGAAAAGAAUGGAGUUAAGCAUAUCCAUGCAUUUAUUCACACUCCCACUGGAACGCACUUCUGUGAGAUUGAACAGAUGAGGGGUGGACCUCCAGUCAUUCAUUCUGGAAUCAAAGACCUCAAGGUCUUGAAAACAACCCAGUCUGGAUUUGAAGGAUUCAUCAAGGACCAGUUCACCACCCUCCCUGAGGUGAAGGACCGAUUUUUCGCCACCCAAGUGUACUGUAAAUGGCGCUAUCACCAAUACAGAGACAUGGAUUUUGAUGCUACCUGGGAUACUGUUCGGGACAUUGUCCUGGAGAAAUUUGCUGGACCCUAUGACAAAGGCGAGUACUCCCCCUCUGUCCAGAAGACCCUCUAUGACAUCCAGGUGCACUCUUUGAGCCGGAUUCCUGAGAUAGAAGACAUGGAAAUUAGCCUUCCCAACAUGCACUACUUUAACAUAGACAUGUCCAAAAUGGGACUGAUUAACAAGGAAGAGGUCUUGCUACCCUUAGACAAUCCGUAUGGCAGAAUUACUGGGACGGUCAAGAGGAAGCUGGCUUCGAAGCUGUGA